AUGGGGCAAGAAAGUCAAGUCAGUACGACUGGGGAAGCAUCCCAAACGACCGAAUCGAACGUCGAGAGAACAGAUACCGAAAAUACAGCGAGUUCGACCAAGAUUCCGAGUACGCCUGAACAACUUCCUGUUGCAGAGCCGCACUUGGACUUGGCUCAUCAUCCCAUGCCCGACUUACUAAUGAUGCUCGCCACCAUCCUGCACAAGAUCACGUCGGCGAACGACAGCAUGCAUUAUCCUCAUCCGCGAAACAUCUCCAAUGCGCACCGGAGUUCACCGCUUCUUGCAUUCCAUGCGCGGAACGUACCCUCCAUUUCGAUCCACGCGUACCUUACGCGUAUCCUCAAGUAUUGUCCGACGACGAAUGAGGUUUUCUUGAGUUUGUUGGUAUAUUUCGACAGGAUGAGUCGGCGGACGAAUCCCCAGUUCUAUGCGGGUGGUGAAGGGAUUGUUCAGGGGGAACAGCAACCGGUGUUUGCGAUUGAUUCGUACAACGUACACAGAUUGAUCAUCGCGGGAAUCACGGUAGCAAGCAAGUUCUUCAGUGAUGUGUUUUAUACCAACUCGAGAUAUGCGAAGGUUGGCGGUCUACCUCUAUCCGAAUUGAACCACCUUGAACUCCAAUUUUUGAUACUCAAUGAUUUCCGACUGAUGAUUCCGCUCGAGGAGUUGCAAAGAUACGGCGAUCAGCUCUUGCGCUUCUGGGCGAGCCGAGAUGACGGAACAGUACAAUCACCAGCACCACCUACACCACAGCCGGGAAUACCGGCUGGAUAUAUGAACGCAAUGCCACGGCAGGUUGCUUCAUACAACGGACAAGAGAACAUGCAUGAGCGAGAUUGA